CAUUUUCGUGGAAGGAAGAACCGCUGCUAUAAGCUGGCUGUACGAAGUGUUCGGAGAGCUUUUGUAAAGGCUACAAAGGCCAGAAGAGAGAAGAAGAGAUUCCUAAGAGCGCUCUGGAUCACUAGGAUUGAAGCAGCUUCUCUUGAACAUGGUUUGCCAUACCCAACUUUCAUAAGCAAUCUGCAUAAGUCGCAGGUGGAGCUGAACAGGAAAAUGAUCGCCGAUUUGGCUAUUUAUGAGCCAAAGACGUUCAAGUCCCUGGCUGCCCUCGCUCAGAGGAGGAGACAAGAGGGCUUCCUCGCCGCCCUGGGAGACGGAAAAGAACCGGAGGGGGUAUUUUCCCGAAUCGUACACCACUAUUAA